CUCUACGGUUACAUGGAGAGCGAGCCCCUUACCCUGCAGCUGUUCAUCGGGACCGCAGACGACCGCCUCCUGCGACCGCACGCCUUCUACCAGGUCCACCGCAUCACGGGCAAGACUGUCUCUACCGCCAGCCAUGAGGCCCUGCAGUCCAACACCAAGGUGCUGGAGAUCCCUCUGCUGCCUGAGAACAACAUGAGAGCCAUGUGAGUGCUUGUCCUUUGCUAUAUAUACAGGGGGGUACCGUUGCAGAGUCAAUGUGCGGGGGCACCGGCUAGUUGAGGUAGUUGAGGUAAUAUGUACAUGUGGGUAGAGUUAAAGUGACUAUGCAUAAAUACUUAACAGAGUAGCAGCAGCGUAAAAAGGAUGGGGUGGGGGGGGCAGUGCAAAUAGUCCGGGUAGCCAUGAUUAGCUGUUCAGGAGUCUUAUGGCUUGGGGGUAGAAGCUGUUGAGAAGUCUUUUGGACCUAGACUUGGCACUCCGGUACCGCUUGCCGUGCGGUAGCAGAGAGAACAGUCUAUGACUAGGGUGGCUGGAGUCUUUGACAAUUUUGAGGGCCUUCCUCUGACACCGCCUGGUAUAGAGGUCCUAGAUGGCAGGAAGCUUUGCCCCAGUGAUGUACUGGGCCGUACGCACUACCCUCUGUAGUGCCUUGCGGUCAGAGGCCAAGCAGUUGCCAUACCAGGCGGUGAUGCAACCAGUCAGGAUGCUCUCGAUGGUGCAGUUGCCAUGGGGCUGUCCUUUCACUCUCCUCUCUCUCGCUCUUGACACUAGAAAAGCUAGGACCUCGAGGGACCCCACUUUGAGGCAACGAGCAAGCAUUUUUACUGCAACGUUCUAACAGUGAAAUAAAUACAUUUCAUAUAUGCUAUCGGAAAAAUUAUAAUUUGGUUGUGUUUAUGAAGGUCUUAGGUAACAUUAAAGCACAAUAGCAUUUUCAUUCGUUUAUGUUACUGUAGGCCAGGGAUCAUCAACUAGAUUUAGCCGAGGGCAGAUUUUUUCUUGAGCGGAUGGUCAGGGUCAGGAACAUAAUUACAAAUAAUUUGUAGACUGCAAAUUGACCGCAAGAAGCCCAAACAGAUAUAAUAUUUGACAAAAACAUAAUAAUUUCAAACCUUGCUUAAAUUUGUAUACAAUCACGUCUCUCUAUUGUGUGUGGGAAUACUUAGGAACAGAUUUCCAAAAUUAAAAUCACUUGGAGCUGAUUCGCUGGUGUUUGUACAGUCUUUUAUGUUCAACAAUUAUUCGUGAUUUUUUUUCAACUUUGUUUUUUUUUUGCUACGAAAACUUGGGUGGGGGCAGAUAAAAUCACCCGCGGGCUGCCUGUUGGGGAACCCUGCAGUAGGCUAUCUGCUGCUGCAUGCUCACAUGUGGAACGCAUGAAACAGCGGUUAUUCUUGGAAAAAGUUAUAUUUUGAGCGUAUCUCUUCAAUUUUGAGAGUUAUUUGACAAAGGUAAGUGUUUUGGAAACCUCAGAAUCGACUCUUUCUGAUAUUAUAUUGAAAUCAAAACGUUUUCCCUGCAAAAAAAUAAGUCAUGUCCUCUUAAAACUGCUUAUAACACAAAUUCUGUUUGUGAUAUCAAAAUUCUAACAGCAUGCGUGUGUUAAACAGACUUAUUUAGGAGGGGGGCAUGACUAACAAUGGCAGAGAUUUUUCUAUUUUUAAUUCAUAUGCAGUCAAAAGGACUGCCUCUGCUCUUCUAGUGUUAAAAAUGGAACCAUUGCAGUAUGUGAAAUGAUCACCAACAGUGUGUGUUGGAAUUCAGGAAGAAAGAGAACCAAAGCAUGCGUAAUACAGUGCAGUACAUCAUGUAGAGUCUAAAAGGAAUAAUACCCAUGAAAUCCAAUAGGCCCUAUUUAUGUUGGUUUACUCCCCAUUGCACCCAAUCUGCCGUGUGCAUAAAAAUACUAAAUUCCAGAAAUCACUAUAUCCUUAUGUCCAGGAGGUCAGGAGGUUGUGCUCCGCAGGGGGCCCAGGUAGGAGCUCCUGUCCUGGGGCUCCGUUCAGGCCACAAUGGGUCUACUGUCCUGAGGCCCAGGACUUUCUCUGAUGGAGAAGGCAGCUAAAUCUCAACCCAACCCCGGUUGUAUAACCUCCAUCACCAUCUACUGAACUGUAGCUUUAUUCUCCUCUGUGUUUCAAUGGUAUAAUAUACUUUUUAGAAGAACUGAUGUAGAUUGAAUGGGUUUAUAUUAAGUUAAAGCGUAUUUUAAUAUUUGUUGUAUUGUGGAUAGGUUAUGAAGAUACUUGGCAAGCACCAUGAUAUAUCAGAUCUCUUUGACUGGAAAAUGAACUUUGUUGGUUUAACAGGAUUGAACCUAACAUGCAUACACCUUUCCAUUUCCAACAAUGCUAUACUGCCCCUUUAUAACGUAUCAAAUCUAGACUGGGGAUACGUUGUGGAACUUCAGCCAUUACACUUUACAGGGCACCAUGGAUACAUCUGAUAUUUGAGAAAACUAUUCAGAGGACGUCAGUUUUCCCUUUUGUCGUCACCGUAUAAGCUAGUGGGAAAGAGCGGUGAAAGUAUAUAGGAGAACUGAGCCUCAGGGUUGGGGUAGAACAGUGUAGGCGAGGGUAGUGUUCAUUAGGGCACACUACUGAAAACGUUUUAAAAGUCCAGGUAGUCCUUCUAUGUUUCAGUCUGUUUUCCUCUGUUUGGUGUCUAAUGAACACAGCCCAGGGUCUGUCUGAGGAGGGUCGGUCACUGACGGCGUCUUUCCAUUGAGCUGUUAACAGUCAGCCUGAUAACACUCCGGAUAGCCUGUUGCUCUCCCGCCAGCUCUCUCUCGCUCACUCACUGUGUGGGACGUUACAUAGACGGUACUGUAGACAACUGAUGUCAGACUCCAGACACAUAUCAAUCUAUCUCUUUCGUCCCCCUUGUGACUGAUAAAGUUUUAUCUGUUGUCUAGUAUCCACCCAUUGAAAUGGAUAGUCACCAGUAGCUACUACUUCAUUACACAGUUUGCAGUGUCUGAGAAUCUAGAAAAUUCUGGGCUACUUCUAUACUAUGAUUUCAAAUCACAUAACAUUCACUGAAAAAGUAGAGUUGUUGUUGGAAAAAAAAAACAAUUUCCACUCAACUAGUCAAAUUUGUCAGUUCAUUUUGAUUUGACAAACAAAUGUAAAAUAAACCAUCAACCUGCAAAUCAAGUUUUUUGGUCGGUAACCUUUCCUGCCACCUUUCCACAAUUGUAGUCAGUAACUUAUUGCUUUGUUGACACUGUUCCACCACAAGUGUAGGAUACAUCUUGCAGUGUUAUUGUCACCAACAGUCGCCAUGCUGUCACUACAUAUCUUUACUUUGAGCUGACUUCAACUGCUACAAGCCGUGACUGGCUGCUCCACACCAUAGUUCAUGAAGAGAGACACUAAUGUUCAUUCCAACAGUCAUUUGACGGUAAAAUAGAGCAUGGCACACUACCCCUAAUGUGUCUGUUUUAAAACCAUAACUGCAUGACUGAACACUUACAUCAUGCAUGAGCCACUAAAGAAACUUCUUGUAAGUGUUCAAAAAAAUAUAUAUAUAAUUCGGACAGACCAAAGUGAAGGGGAAAAAUAGAUUUGUAUAAAACUUGACAUUUAACAUGUUCCAGGAAUUCCACCCAAAAAGCUCCAAUGUAAAAUAAUUGAAAUGCCAAGCCAUAUCCCAUAUGUAUUUCCUGACUUUUUACCAGCAACUUUUUGGUUUUAGUUUAAUUUCUUGAAUGGCCAGUCUGAAAAGUGAUGCCUUUUUCCCCUAAGAAGGAAAAUCAUCCCGCAAAAAAAAAAUAAUUAAAAUAAAUAAAGACAGCAAAGAAAAAUAAUAAGUCUGCAUCUAAAUGUGGCAUUGGUUAGUAAGGUUGAAACCGUAAAUGUUUAAAUGUUAAAAGUGUGAGACUCGAACAGUGCAGAGGGAGCAUGUUUCUUUUUUAGGAAAGGCAGAGGGUUAUAAAGUGGCUGUGAGAAUGCAGGCGGCAGCCAAUGAGCUUCUCUUCUGGAAAGAGAAGGUGGGGAGAAAAAAGACCUUGGUCGUGUUCAUUAGGCAACAAAUAGACGAUAAACUGAGUGAAGCUGUUGCAAAUAGUUUUAAAGCGGUUUCUGUUACAUGCCCUAAUGAACACGACCCUGAAGAUCGCUCCAGAGAGCUGUAUUCUGGGGCACCAGGAACAUUAAAAGUCACAUAAACGAAUGAAUGUUCUUCUUUGAAGAACCUACAGAUUGGGAGUGACUCAGUAGUGUUCUGCGGGAUUUCCGAUAUCUGUGAUCCGGAACUUUAGACGAGACGUCUCAGAGUAGGAGUGCUGAUCUAGGAUCAAUUUAGCCUUUUAGAUCAUAAUUAAUAAUAUUAUAUGGCCAGAUCCUAGAUCAGCACUCCUACCUUGGGAGAGGCUUUGUGGAUCCGGCUCUAGUCUCUUUGAUCAAAUAGAGCUCCAGGACUUGUUCAUGACAGUGAACAUAAUGUACAUCUGCAUUAUACAUGUCUCUAUGGUCUAAUGAUGAUGUCCUAAUAAUAACAUACUGUACUUUUUAUGUUUCUGUUAUAUGAUACAGUAUAUUCCAUCUGUAAUGUAUGUCUCGAUAUAGUCUCAUGAUCAAGGUCUAUAAUAUACUCAGGAUCUUCUUCUUGAGACAAGCUGUAGCAUAGUGCUCAUACAGACAGUAUAUUGGUUAGUACCAGUAUGCUGAUGCUAAAAUGUAUCCUCUCCCCUGUGUGACAGCAUUGACUGUGCAGGGAUUCUGAAGCUGCGGAACUCUGACAUUGAGCUGCGUAAGGGCGAGACGGACAUCGGGCGCAAGAACACACGUGUGAGGAUGGUGUUCCGUGUGCACAUCAACCAGCCCAAUGGCAGGACCAUUUCCCUACAGGCCUCCUCCAACCCCAUCGAGUGCUGUGAGUAUACACGCACAUGA